GGUGUCAUUCUAGGGUUAAAGUUUAUUAUUUGUUUUCAAUAUGUUGCAAACAAAUCGCGUCCUUCAAAAAGAGCAGGCUGAACUAUUUGCUAUUCAAAAAAAACUCGACCGUGUGCUCCCCGUAAUUCAGGAGGCAUUAAAUUCACUAAAGGUAGAGGAACUGCAUCUUAAGUCUGAGGUGGUGGGCCAGCAGAACCCAAAAACAGACUCCGCUCCUGCAAAGGAUUCCCUUCACAUUGAUCUGACGACGGAGCAGCCCCCAGUCACAACUGUGAUGGAGUCCCAGCUCAUCAACAGUCAGCGAAUAGAUCUGGAUCUCAUAAGCCAAAUGCGGCGUUUCGAUGAGGAAGUCGACUCGGAUUAAAAUGGUUAUUAUGAUUAGCAUCUUUGCUGGAACUUUACCGAACAACGUACAUGUUGGGGGCAUACAAAUAAACACAAUACAGUACAAAAAGUGGGUUCAUAUUCGGUUUAAAUGUGGGAAUAACUAAACUAGUAAAGCUACAUGCUACAGA